GACACUCUGCAGCCAGCUCGUCUAUUCCCCAAGGGUACAGGAGCUGAGGAGCCAGGACUUUGGCCAGGAGGAGACCACACUACGGACCAUCUGGCUGGAGCCAUGGCUCUGAAAGUGACCCCUGUGCUGCUGCUGCUACUAGCUGCUGCGCUGGUGCUGUUGGGAGCAUCAGCCAACCAGGAGCAGUAUGACCGGUUCCUCCUGCAGCACUUUGAUGCAAAGCCCAAGGGUCGUAAUGACCGCUACUGCAACAACCACAUGCGCUACAUGAUGGAGGAGGACAGGAGGAGGCACCCAAAUCCUGGGCCAAAAGUCUGCAAGGAGACAAACACCUUCAUUCACGGCAACAGCGACGAUAUCAAAGCCAUCUGCACUAGCCAUGGAGGCAGGAACUAUGUAACCACAACCAGGCAGGCCAUGCGCCAGAGCCUCAGACCAUUCCAGAUCACCACCUGCACCUGGCACGGAGGUAAACCCCUUGACAACUGCCAGUACAGGGCGGCCCGGGACUCUAGGAUGAUCGUCGUCACAUGCGACGAGCAUGAGCACCCCGUGCAUUUUGCAGAGAGCCAGAUCUGAUGAGGAGAUGAGGAGGUGACUCCCAAUUCCCUUGGAUUCUGCUGCUGCCUCUUCUGAUGCAGAGAUCUUGUACUGAAAUGUCCUGAUCACACGCUGCUGCUCCCUAGUGCCCAU